CAGUUCUGACACUGUCACUGAACUGUUCCCGCAAAAAAAAAAAACAGAGAGGUGGCAACUCUCUUUGCAAAGCAAAUAGAGUCACGAGAAUCAUUGGCAACUCUCCUUUGCAAAGAAGAAAAAAGUAAAUGUUGAAUCUCUCAAAAUCUUAACUUUUAGGGUUCGAGCUCUGUCUAGAGAUUUGGCCCUUUUUGUUGAUGAGACCUCCUCUGCAAGAUCCUCGUGAUUCCACUUUAACGCCUCCCUCCCUCCUUUCUGAAAAAAUAUUCAAAGUAUAAUAAUCACUAUUAAUUUAUCUCCCUUUUUAAAGGGUUUCUUUUUCCUUUAAACUUCUCCAGAGUUCCCAACUUUCUCAGCUAUGAACGGCGACGACGGAGAACGUUUUCAGGUGGGCUAUAACGAUGAACCUGUGCCGUGGGUCAGAAACCCAGAAGAAAACUGGUUUAACAACCCACAAGAUGCUUCUCAAAACGAGUUCGGAUUCAACAGUGGUGGGUUUCCCUUAAACCCUUCAGAGAAUCUGCUCCUCCUUAUUCAGCAAUCCAUCGACUCCUCUUCUCCCUUGCAACACUUCACACUCGACGCUACUACUCCUCACCAACAACAACAAGAGUCUUUCUUAGCUACAAAAGCUUGCAUGGCUUCUCUCCUCAACGUCCCUCCCGACAACAACAACAACAACCCUUUAGAUGACUUCGGUUUUGAUUCCCCGUUGUUUUUAGGACAACUCCACCGGACUCCAAACUCAAUGAGUUUCCCUGUUAUGACUUCUUCACCACCGGACUUCCUCCUCCCUUCCCGGUCAUGUAACGUCUUCAGCCCCCUGGAGUUUGAGGGAGUACUCGAGAACAGAGCUAAGGUUCUGAAACCUUUAGAGGUAUCGCCUUCCUCUGGCUCUCAGCCGACGCUGUUCCAGAAACGAGCUGCAUUGCGUCAGAGUCCGAGUAGCAAAAUGUGCAACUCUGACUCUUCUUCUUCUCCUGAGAUUAGGAGGAGCUACGAGAGAGAGGUUGUUGAUGAGACUAGUACUGGGUUGAAUUACGAAUCUGAUGAGCAUAAUAACAACAACAACAAAGGGAUGAAGAAGAAAGGAAUGCCUGCUAAGAAUCUAAUGGCUGAGAGAAGGAGGAGGAAGAAGCUUAAUGAUAGGCUUUACAUGCUCAGAUCAGUUGUCCCCAAGAUCAGCAAAAUGGAUAGAGCAUCGAUACUUGGUGAUGCUGUUGAUUAUCUUAAAGAGCUUUUACAGAGAAUCAGUGAUCUUCAUACCGAACUUGAAUCUACUCCAUCAAGUUCUUCAGGCUUAACACUACCAUCACCACAAACGCUACCUUACCGUGUUAAGGAAGAGUUGUGUCCGUCUUCCUCUUUUCCAAGCCCCAAAGGCCAGCAAGCAAGAAUUGAGGUUAAUUUAAGGGAAGGAAAGGCAGUGAACAUUCACAUGUUCUGUGGAAGACGACCUGGUCUUUUACUUUCCACCAUGAGAGCUUUGGAUGACUUAGGAUUGGAUGUUCAACAGGCAGUGAUUAGCUGUUUCAAUGGUUUUGCUUUGGAUGUUUUCCGCGCUGAGCAAUGCCAAGAAGGUCACGAGGUGUUGCCUGAACAAAUCAAGGCAGUGCUUCUAGACACAGCUGGUUACACCGGUUUGCUUUGAUUCCUAUUCCUUUGCGGAACAGAAGGAAGCAUCUUAUGAAGCAGAGCUAGAGGUCUAUAAGCCUUUUAAUUAACUAGUCAGCAAUUUUCUUAGUUUCAAUUCAUCAGUCUUAAUCUUGUACUGCAGAUGUUAGUUAUUAAUUUAAUCUGGCUAUGACAAAAAAAAACAUGUCUGGGGUGCAUCACUUCAACCUUUUCAUACAUAA